GUCCCAGUUCCGGCAGUUCUCAGCCUCGGCGGGGCCAUGGAGGCGCUGCGGGCGGCGGGUCGCGCUGUGCUGCGGAGUCCGCGUCUCGCCCGGCACGGCCUGGGGCUCUGCCGGCGGCGCAAGCUUCCUGAGAGCUGGGCUGACAUGCAGGAACCGCUGCUGGAGGGGAUGUGCUUCACUCUGAAGUAUCUAGGCAUGACACUGGUAGAGAAACCCAAAGGAGAGGACAUGGCAGCUGCUGCCAUCCGCCGGAUUGUCGCCACGGCACGGGUGGGAGCUCGCAAGUUCCAGAAGGUGAUUCUGACAGUGUCUCCAAGGGGCAUCUCACUGCAGGACGCCGACACGAAGGAGAUGGUUGAGAACAUCUCCAUCUACAGGAUCUCCUACUGCACAACAGACAAGCUGCAGAACAAAGUCUUUGCUUAUGUUGCUCAGAGCCAGGAGAGCGGGGCGCUGGAGUGCCAUGCCUUCCUGUCACCCAAGAAGAAGAUUGCCCAGGCCGUGACUCUGACGGUGGCCCAGGCCUUCCAAAUGGCACUGGAUCUCUGGGAAGCAGCAAAUGCAGGCUCUAGGCAGGAACAGCCCCUUCACCCUCCAUGUGUCUUGGAGCGCAGUGAGCCCAGCAGAGCAAGUGAGCCAGCUCCCCCGGGGAGCCCUCCCUUCAGACACCAGUUUGGGGAGCCUCUGAAUGCUUGCUUCUUGACUUCGUGCUUCCAGCAUUGGCCCAGUCUGGCAGUGGUUGGGGCCAUCGUUGCUUGCAGCGUGCUCCAGGUGGUUCUCUGCCUGGUCCUCCAGCUGGGACAUGCUCACCCUGCUCCAGUCUCUAGGCAAAGGUGUGCUGUGUGCAGCAGCCAUCUCAGCUUGGUGGCUCAUCCCCAGUUCACGCCCUGUGUUUGGUGCUCUGCUGGCUUGGGGAAUGUGAGGAGAACCUUGGUCUGUCUCUUCCCUUGUGUGGCUGUGUCUGAGCUCCAAGGAUUUCAUCAGCCCAGUACUGCAGGUGCCAUUUUUCCCCUUCCUGCUUGUAGACGAGUCUUGUCCUUGUCAUGCCUGGUGGGUGACUGUCUUGUGAAGGUGCUGGGGACAGCCCUGCUGCCCCAGAAGAGGCUCUGGGCAUCCCAGUCUGGAUCCUGGUAGAGACCUACUUUUCUGUUUGUUUGCUUGCUUGCAAGGAGGAGGAAGAGGAGGAGGAAGAUGAAAACCUUGAUGAAACUUUAUCUGGGUAAGUGGUGAGCUGGUGCCUGUGUGUAAGGAGCACUCUCGUGAGCCCUGUCUUGAUUCCUUCUCCAUGUCCCAAGCACGGGGUAUUGCUGAAGCCACAAGUUUUGUGGGAGCUAGGAUGAAAUCUGUGGGGGAACUUCUGCUGUUUUCUCUGUCUCUGUCAGCUGAGGUUGGAUGUAUAGGAAGCUAAGGUAUGGAGAGACAGAUUUUGCAGUUCAACUCUUGCAGUGGGGGGUUGAUACUUACCCUGAGGACAUGAGUACAAGAGAGAUCUCUGGGUAUGUUUCUGCCACUCUUUGAGGACAGCCUAUCCAGAUGUGCUUCCCAUGUUGAGUCCAGAGCUGGCCCUUUCCUUCCCCUGAUUUCUGUGGGCAUAGGCCAGGUUGGAUGCCCACUCAUGCUGAUGGUGUGGACUAGGAGCUGGGACUGAGCUUGGGAGGAGGUCAGAAGUGGAGGAUUAACCCAUAGGUCUUUGCAGAAGUGCCUGUAGUGAUGGGUUUGCUGAGCCUGUUCCAUUAUGGCUGUUCUCGUGCACCUGUUAAGCUGGUGCCUGAGGGGUCCAGCAAUGUCAGCAGGCUGAGAGUGCUCUAAGUAGGGUCACCCAGGGAUCAACGUGUGCAAAGUGUGAAGGUGUAUAUGUGUCCUUUUGAUGUGGCCCUUGUUCCUGGGGGAUUAUUGAUGGGAAGAGACGUGGCUUUGCAGCAUCAGGGCAGGAUGGCCUGGGGAAGGGGUUUGGUAGCGAGUAGGUUAGGGCCUUCUGCAGUCUGAGUGCCUAGUACUGCUGGGUCUGCACUGCCAGGGUCACGAGCGUGGGUC